UCCUAGCGUCACUUCUGAGGCGCCCUGGCGCGUUUCCAUAUGGGCCUCCCGGACCUGUUUCAUUAGACAUUACGGAGUUAGUCACAGCUCUGCCGCUUCCACUCUGCCCUGCGGAGCACGACAGAACUCUGCCUGUCCCCUGCCGCCUUCUCCAGGAGAAACCUCAGGGUCCUGCCUGCAAGGUGACAGAUACGUUUGCUCUACCGUGUGGUGGCUCGGAACCCCCCACCGCCAGGCCCCAGAGCUCGUGGGGCGGGACUCCCUGCCCGCGGCGGCCAGCAGACCGCAGCUAGAGCUGUGUGCUAUGAGAAGACAGUGACCAGUCCAGGCAGGUGCAGGCGGGCGGGGACCGCCGUGGAUGGAGCCACGACCAGAGGUCUUUGAGACCCCGGCCCCUAUGGAGGAAGGUGCUCUCUGCCAUGGUGAUGGGGGUACCCCUGCUUCUUGGGGUCCGCUAUUUCACAGCAGAGCCGCAGGAGAAGAGAAGGAUGAGGCUUGUAGUGGACGGUGUUGGGCGCUUCAGCAGGUCCCUGAGGGUCGGCGUCCAGAUCUCCUUGGACUACUGGUGGUGUGCAAACGUCGUCCUGCGAGGGGUGGAAGAGAACAGCCCGGGGUACUUGGAGGUGAUGUCUGCAUGUCACCAGCGGGCGGCUGAUGCCCUGGUGGCUGGGGCCAUCAGCAACGGGGGCCUCUACGUGAAGCUGGGCCAGGGACUGUGCUCCUUCAACCACCUGCUGCCCCCGGAGUAUAUCAAGACCCUGCGUGUGCUGGAGGACCGAGCCCUCACCCGCGGCUUCCGGGAGGUGGACGAGCUAUUCCUUGAGGACUUCCAGGCCCUUCCCCACAAGCUCUUCCAGGAGUUUGACUACCAGCCCAUCGCUGCCGCAAGCCUGGCACAGGUGCACCGAGCCAAGCUGCACGACGGCACGAAUGUGGCCGUGAAGGUGCAGUACAUCGAUCUGCGGGACCGCUUUGACGGGGACAUCCACACUCUGGAGCUCCUGCUCCAGCUCGUCGAGCUCAUGCACCCCAGCUUCGGCUUUAGCUGGGUGCUCCAGGACCUGAAGGGCACCCUGGCCCAGGAGCUGGACUUCGAGAACGAGGCCCGAAACGCUGAGCGCUGUGCACGGGAGCUGCAGCACUUCCACUAUGUCGUGGUCCCCCGCGUGCACUGGGACACGUCCAGCAAGCGUGUGCUGACAGCUGAAUUCUGUGAAGGCUGCAAGGUCAACGACGUGGAGGCCAUCAAGACCAUGGGGCUGGCGGCAAAGGAUAUAGCAGAGAAGCUCAUUGAGGCUUUUGCUGAGCAGAUAUUUUACACAGGCUUCAUCCACUCUGACCCCCACCCUGGCAAUGUUCUGGUGCGGAAAGGCCCGGAUGGGAAGGCACAGCUGGUGCUGCUGGACCACGGGCUCUACCAGUUUCUGGAUGAGAAGGACCGGGCAGCCCUGUGCCAGCUGUGGCGAGCCAUCAUCCUGAGGGACGAGGCGGCGAUGAAGACACACGCAGCUGCACUCGGGGUGCAAGACUACUUCCUCUUCUCUGAGAUGCUCAUGCAGCGGCCCGUGCGCCUGGGGCAGCUGUGGCGCUCACACGUGCUGAGCCGCGAGGAGAUGGCCUACAUGCAGGCCAGGGCGCGGGAGCACUUCGAGGGCGUCAUGGGGGUGCUCAAGGCCCUGCCGCGGCCCAUGCUGCUCGUGCUGCGCAACAUCAACACCGUGCGCGCCGUCAAUGCCGCCCUGGGCUCCCCCACCGACCGCUAUUUCCUUAUGGCCAAAAGUGCGGUCAGGAGCUGGAGCCGCCUGGCAGGUGCAGCGUACCAGAGAGUCUACGGUGCCAGCCUCCUGCGCCACAUCAAGGUCAUCUGGGAGAUGUUCAAGUUUGAAGUGGCCCUAAGGCUGGAGACCCUAGCAAUGCGGCUCACUGCCCUCCUGGUUCGGCUCUUGGCCCACCUGGGCUUCCUGCCCGAGGCCCAGGAGCUCUCCCAGUACCUGGAGACCUAGGGAGGCCUGGGCCAGAGGCCCUCAGAGCUCACCCGGCGUCCGACCAACAGAUCAAGGCUGGAGGCCCGCGUGCCCCCCAAGACCUGGGGGCGGGGGACAACACAGGGCUGCACCCACAACCUGGCCGGGAGACUCUAUAAUGACCACAAGCUCUUUUCAAAUCAAA